AGGCUAUUGACAUUGUUGACAGUUUUAUGGAAAAUAGAUAUUCCUGGCGUCCAGGAUUUCUUGAAAAUAAAUAAACAUAUUCAACUGUUUUUUAUACAUUAUUAAAAAAAAUAAAAAAUAGUACAUUCCAAAAAGCAAGAUAAGAAAAAUAUGUGAUGUUUGUGGCAUAAGUUUGGGCACAUUGCCCUAUAAACUUCACCGUUAUAAAAGAUAAUUUUGUAAUAAGUACACAAGAGGUUAAUGUUCCCUGGUAGUGAAUUUAUAUCAUAUAUGAAGUGACUUAUGGGCAAUGAGACUGCCAGAGAUAUGGAGACUGAAUCAGUAAAAUCGGAAAACAGUUCCAAGUCAAGACGAUCUAGAAGUCAUAGAGAUAGAACUAGCAAUUAUAGACAUCAUUCACAUAGAAGCACCAGAAGUAGUAAAUCCAGAAGAAACGAAGACAUGGCUCCUUUUCAAACAGCGGUAACCCUAACUCCUGAUAAUAGAGAUGGACAAGAAAUUAUAGAAGUUCAAAUUCUUCCACAGGACGAUAACUGGGGUGAAAAUACUACAGCAAUUACUGGAAACACUUCAGAACAAUCUGGUUCAGCUGAAGAUGUUUGUAACUGGCCUGGAGAACCUGAUACUGGAUUGGGAUUCGUAUGUCAGAGAUAUAUGGGUACAAGUAUAACUUACAUUUUAUCCAUAGCAGCCUUCUUAAGUCCAAUAGCCAUGGUGGUUUUACCUAAAGUGGGCUUCUUUCCAGAUUUAUCUGCACGCAUAGGUCUUGAUAGUAGUAAAUUACUUUCUUGUGGUGCUGAAUGUAAAGGACUGUUAGUCUCUCUAGCUUUCAAAAUGGCCAUACUAGCCAUUGGUGCAUGGGCUGUUUUCUUAAGAAAACCUCAAGCCACAUUACCAAGAUUCUUUUUAUUCAGAGCUGGUAUUUUAGCUCUGGUUCUGGUGUGUACUUUCGCAUAUUGGUUAUUUUAUAUUGUCCAAGUAACUGAGACAGCUAGGGCAGCUGCAAUUCCAGAAGAAACUGUGGAUUAUAAGGCGCUAGUAGCAUAUGCUUCAAGCUUGACUGAUACUCUCUUGUUUAUACAUUAUCUAGCUAUAGUUUUAGUGGAAAUAAGACAUUUACAACCAACUUAUUGUAUUAAAAUUGUAAGAAGUCCUGAUGGUGCAAGUAACGCAUACGCAAUAGGACAGUUGAGUAUACAAAGAGCAGCAGUGUGGGUGCUUGAAAAAUAUUAUACAGAGUUUCCUAUUUAUAACCCUUAUUUAGAGCGCAUACCAGUUUCGAAAUCGAGAAAGACAUCAUCAAGUUUUAAGUUUUAUGAAGUAGAUGGGGUUAAUCCUAGUCAAAUUCAACAAUCUCAGAGUAGAGCUAUGUUGGCUGCUCAUGCUAGAAGGCGUGAUUCCAGUCAUAAUGAAAGGUUUUAUGAAGAGCACGAAUAUGAACGAAGGGUUAAAAAGAGGAGAGCUAGAUUGAUAACGGCAGCAGAAGAAGCCUUCACCCAUAUCAAACGUUUGCACAAUGAUCAGAUAUCUAGUAUUCCUAUGGAUUCGCAUGAGGCUGCUCAAGCAAUAUUUCCAUCGAUGGCUAGAGCUUUACAGAAAUAUCUACGAGUAACUAGGCAGCAACCACGACACUCAGUAGAAAGUAUACUAAAUCAUUUAGCUACUUGUUUAAGUAACGAUCUCACUCCGAAAGCUUUUCUCGAACCUUAUCUGGUAGCUGAACCAGUUUUACAAAAUGAUAAAGAAAAGAAGGAAGUGCAAACGUGGGCAUUGAUAUGUGAAGAAAUUUUAACGAGACCCAUUAGAGAUGGGGUUGUUUUCCAGUUGAGACAAAAUGACGUCUCGAUAUUGUGCAAUAUCAAAAAAUUACCACAUUUUAAUGUCACCGAGGAGGUGGUGGAUCCAAAGAGCAACAAAUUUGUCCUGAGGUUAAAUUCUGAGACAUCUGUAUGACCAAUAGAGUACUCGAGGUCUUUUGAUAGACUGAUUUGAUUUUUACGCAUAUCUCAUUUAAUAAUAAUUAUUAGUGGUAAUAAGAAAAUAUAUUUUUGUCGAAAAAAUAUUUGUGGGUUUUUGUUUUCAAUUGAUUAUAAGUGAGAUUGAAGUGCCCUUUUUGAUGUUGAUUUGUUGAAAAUACCUUCGGGCGCCUCCACAAAUAAAAAAUUAUUACCUUUAUCAAAGUUUCAUUAAUCACAUAAUGCAAUGUUGUUUUGACAAUUUUAUGCAUAUUUUGAGAGCAUUAAUUCUAAAUUAUAUUUGUGUUCUUAUAGAAUAUUUUUCUUCCAUUGUCACACGGUGUCAAAUCUGGUGAGUACGGCGGGUGCUCGGGCACUGGAGUGCGCUUAUUGGCCAAAUACUGCUUCACAUAUAGCGCGUUAUGGGCAGGUGCGUUGUCCUGAUGCAAAGUCCAUGAGUUGUUCUUCCACAACUCGGGCCGUUUUUUACAAACUCGUUCUUGCAGUAUUGCCAAAUAGUAAGUUUGGUUGACAGUCUGACACUCUGGAACCCAUUCAGUUAUUACGAUACCGUUAAUGUCGAAAAAUACGAUCAAAAUUGCCUUGAAUGUUGAUUUGCUCUCUCGGCAGUUAUUUAAUAGCCAGACGUCGUAUAAUAUAAAAUGGCUGGCGCAACUUUUUGGAUAUAUAUUAAUACAGUCCUUUUUUCGAGUGACGCACAAAACAUACCGAAUCCUUACAAUGUUACAAAAAAUCCAAAUACUCAGUGUUAUUAGCAUUAUUUUUAUACGUGUUAUUUUUAAAAAUAUACACUUUUUUACAAUUUUUAACGAAUUUAUUUAUUUUUUAUAAAUGUAGCGCUCAAAGUUCGAUAUUGUUAAUUUAGAAUAAAUUCAAUCGCCUUGUAUUUAUAGCUCUAGUAUUGAUAUUAUCUUGUAAUAAUUGAAGAUAAUAUUACCGAAAACUAUUAAAAAUAAUUCACCCUGUGUAAUAAAGUUCCUUCUUUUUUACAUUUUUUUAUGUAUCCAAACAUUGUAGGUACUUAAUAGAUACAUAUAUAUUUUAUACGAUAAAACAUGAUUCAAUAAUCUGAAUAAUUAUGGAGAAUUUACUGGUUUCUAUUGUCUGAAUGUAAUAAAAGGUUCGUUCUAACCCAUCGAAGAACCGACAUUGGUACAUUCUGCGCAAAUGCUUAAUGAAGACUAAUUAUGAACAGUGGGGCUGUAGUCCGUCACCUUGUCUCACCCCUUUUUCGAUCUUGAAUGGGUCAUGAAGUUUAAUCUUCCAUUAUCAAGGUAAUCAUAUCUUACUCAAAAUUAGAAAAAAUAUUGCUUUUCCAAAUUCAUUACACAAAUAAUUAAUUUAAUAAUGAUUAAUAAAUUUUUAAAUUGGAUUAAUAGAAACCAGAAUAAAACCAAAAUAGUAAUCAAUGAAAUUCUGUAAACAUACUGUAGGUAGCUUUUUAUAAAGUAUUAUAAAAUUAUAUACAAAGUGUGAUUAUUAUAUGUGUACUGAUUUUUUGUUUGAGUUUUAUUUCUUUCCUAUACCAAACUGAUUAAUAUUUUAUUAAUUUAAUAAAUAUACCUGGAGCAUCUAAUAAAAACUUUGAGAAAUCCAAUUAAUAUUAGUGAAUUAUUGAUGUAAUGAUGAUUUUGUUAAAGGCGAUUUUACUUGCUUUUACUUUUAGUUAAGUCAAUUUUAAAAAUAGAGUUAUUGAAAAAUUGUUUUCUAUGACAUAAGUGGUCUUUCCAACCUGAAAAUUUGACUCUUUAUUAAGUGGUGAUAGUUCACUUGACAAAUUACAAAAUGACAAAAGAAAAACUAAAUACUUUAAAAUCCACCCUAUGUCGAGGCUACUUAAGUUUUCAGAUAUGGAAACGCUGAUUUUAAUAUGUCAAAUCUGAUAUAUUGAAAUCAGUAUAUACAUUACCCUUCUUUAUAUGUGUUAUGGAUCAAAAUCUGAAGAAAUUUGAGUUUAAAGUUCACUUCUUUAACAUGAGCUCCUACGGGAACCAAAAUUAAAUUCUUUGAUUACAAAUUAAAUCAGAAUUGCCGCAAUAUCUGAGUAUAUAGAUUUGAUUGGUAAGAAAUUAAUCUUUUUAAUAGUGUUACUCGUUAUAGCGGUUAUUGAAAAAAAAAAUGAGAGUUAUUACGUGAAAAUUGUUAUAAUUUGAUGCAUAUUUAGUAAUUGAGCG